AGGUUUUCUCGAAGAUGGAUGUAAAGUAAAAUCUAAAUCAAAAUCUAAAGCAAAUCUGCCGUUGAUAGUCAGAGAGUUUCCCAAUGGUGAUGUACAAGCAAGAACUCCGCCAUAUAACUCCGUGGAUGGACAUGUACUCACUGAAAGGCCGACGUUCUCAUCACAGUUUGAAAGAGAAGAUGACGCUCCUAGAUUUUUUCCGGACGAGGAAAGUGCUGUGGCAGGUCUGGGUCUGUUAAACAAUAAUUCAAACGCAUCUGCUGACGAAUCGUUGGCUCUACUCGAGCGACGUGUGGCUGAGGCUUGUUCGCUCGUCGAAAGAACGUUGAAAGAAAGACAAGAAAGAGAGAAAACGAUGAAAGAAACUGAGAAAAAAAGAAAAGAAGAGCGGGCAAAGAAAGAACAACAGGCACGUGACAGAAAAGAAAAGGAAGCGAGGGAAUCAAGAGAAACGGAGUGCAGGAGUGAAAGAGUUGAAGGGAACGAUACGAGCGGUGGACAAGAAACACCUACACAAAACUCGGCUGGUGCUGAGGUUCGACAAUGGCAGUGCGAACAUUACCAGCGGCUCUGCCGUGUCAAGUUCCCAUGCUGCGGAAGGUUCUUUCCUUGUCAUCGUUGCCACAACAACUCAAGGUGUCCAAAUGACAAUUGCAAAGCAAGAGAGGCGUGUUAUGUUGAGUGCUCUGUUUGUAACCAUCGACAAGAGAUCAACCAGGACGCCCACACCUGUGCCAGAUGUAAAACAAGGUUUUCAGCAUAUUUCUGCUCUGUGUGUAAACACUUUACAGGGGAAGAUAAAGCUCCUUAUCACUGUACAAAAUGCGGUAUCUGUCGUAUCUACAAGGACCGUUCCUUCCACUGUGAUGUGUGUAACGUCUGUCUGGACAAACGGCUGGAAGGAAGACAUUCUUGCCGAGAAAAUUCAGGACAUGAUGAGUGCUGCAUCUGUUUGGAGGACGCUUUCAGCGGUUGUCAGAUCCUGCCAUGCUCACACAAGGUUCACCGAGAGUGUGCUAUUGCUAUGAUACAGAGCGGCGUUCGCAGCUGUCCAAUUUGCCGCCAUCCAUUGUACAGUCAGACAGGAAUGAAUGAGUGAAUACCAAUCUGGAUUCUAGUGUGCAGAAUUCCGAGAAAAGGUUUCCAUUAUCGACUGUAUAUAAAUCAGUAGUAACGCCAUCAAAUUGCUUUUUACUGAUUGGCUUGUCAUACAACAACAGAAAUGGACAAGUUUGAUAAUUACUAUCAUCUGAUUUAUUUUUCAUAAAAAUGUCAAACAUCAAAUAAGUUUGGUGUUGCAUUAUUGUAUUUUUAAAUAUGAGCAAUUGUUCUCACAUGAUCAUUGAACUUAUUCGUUGAAUAUCUACUUACAGUCUGAACACUGCUUGUCACAGAUAAUUGAACUGUUUUAUGAUCAAUUUUAUUAUUUGUCCAAAAGAUUUCAAAAACAAUUAUAUACUCAUUUGUUUGUCAUAAAAUCGCAAAAUCCUUUAUUCGUAUCAAGCUGCAAUAUGUAUUGACGUGUAUUUUGAUUAACGCAAAGUUUUUGAUUAUCAAUAAAACGAACACCUGUGAUAUCAUCUUUACUGAACUUCCCAAUUCUUUCCAUUGCCUAAACAAAAACGUUGGUCAAAACAGGAGUUGGGAUUAAGUGAUCAAUCUGUCGUUCGCAUACUUUUCAUAAUUCGUUUUGACGUACUGUCUGAAAUCGUUUUAUUUACAUAAUUGGCAUUUAUAGCACGAGUACUUUCAUGUUAUUGCUGUUCUUGAUAGGUUAUGCUUUUUGAAUUGAUGUUUAAAUCGCCAGUCAUUGCCUUCGCACCAUCAAGUGUCAGAAAAGAAUUCACCUGUGCGGCAACAUAGUUUUUAUCGGUCACACCUUUUUUAUUUCUUGGUGUACCGAUAUUUGUGAUUUUAUUUCCUUUCAUAUCUAAACCACCUGAUAUCGUGAAUGCUCUCGCAUCAAUAUAUUGUUUUGUUUACAACAUCUUGGUUACUGUUAUCACUAGCAUUGUAAUCAGGAAUUAAAAGUCUGCCUCUCAUUGUUUGUGGUAGAAGAUUAGUAAAAUCAACUUUAUUGUCUGUUAUUUCUCUCCUCUGGGUUAGUGUUACAAAAUCAUCAUUAAAUUGUACUCUUGCCAGA